ACCACAACCACAACCACCACAACCACCAACCGCCGCAUCCACCACCAUCGCAGCCUGGUCCUUGUCGCCCUCCCCCUAAAGCACCAUGGCAUCCAGCUCGCCCUCCGGCUCCUCGUCCGCUCUGCAGUACAGCCGCUCGGUCUCGGAUGCCUCGCUGAAUUCGGCCGGCCAGGUGACCCCGCCCCAGGAUAUCCUCACGUCGUUUGCGACUCCCGAAGGCACUUACCAUCUGCGGGAUCAAAUCAAGGUCAACCUCCAGCCCAUCUUCCAGGUCGGCAGCACGGCGACGCUUAUCUCUGUCAAGUCGGUCGAUACGCAUUCUCCCUCUGCGUCGACCCCUGUCGACCCUCCGGACUUUGAGAGCGCGCCGGCCAAAUUCGUUGAGCUACCGCUGCAGACCGACGGCCCACAAGCAGACAAAUCCAAGUUUGGUUUCAUGUCGGCAAAGCCCAAUCCAAAAAAGACCAAGCCGACGUCCAACAAGACCGUCGCCAAUUUCAUCAGCAAGAUCCUGGUACACGACCAGCUCGCCCGGAUCCUUACCUCGCGCCCAGCCGACGUCACCUACCUCUUUUACAACAUCGGACGGUCGCUUCUAUGGAUGGACUAUAUGCGCCAGCCCAAGGACCCGCUGUCAAUGAUCGAGUUCAAGGAUGCCUUCAUCACCUGUCACGACAUCAAUCCGCUGACCCGAGAUACCAUGGACGUUGUGAUGGGAUUCAACACAGGCGACGUGAUGUCGUAUCUGCCGCUUUCGGGAAAAACGACGCACAUCAAUCGGCAGGGGUGCAUCAACAAGAGCAGCGUCUUGACCAUCCAGUGGCUUCCGGGAUCCGAAACCCGGUUUGUUGCCGGAUACGCCGACGGCAGCCUGAUCUUCUAUGACAAGGACAAGGACGAGCAGCCAUUUAUUGGGGUGAUGCCGCCCAUCGAUCCCGAGGGAUUCACCGUCAUCAAGUCGUACCACGAACGCGAAUCCUCAGUACCGAACCCGCAAGGCUGGUGGCAAAUCAGCCAGAGCGCCGUUACAGCGAUAUCGUUCUCCCCGGACACGCAGCAUAUAGCGGUGGUGACGGCCGAUGGCAAGCUCAAAGUUAUCGAUUUUAAAGGAGAGAGAAUCUGCGACUGCUAUCCGUCCUACUUUGGCGGCUUCACAUGUGUGUGCUGGUCACCCGACGGCAAGUUCAUCGUGACCGGAGGACAAGACGACUUUAUCACAAUCUGGAACUUUCGCGGCCGGAUCGUUGCGCGCUGCCAAGGCCAUUCGUCAUGGGUGACCAGCGUUGCGUUCGAUCCGUAUCGAUGCAGUGACCGGAGCUAUCGCUUUGGCAGCGUUGGCGAGGACGCCAAGCUCUGUUUAUGGGACUUUUCCGUGUCGUCGCUGCAUCGGCCAAGGACUCACCACACGCUCAUGCGCCGCUUGCCAACUGAAACUGAAAGGAAAUGCAACGUCCACGAGCUGGCCUCGCGCCGAGAUGUAUCUGUGAUCGAGCCGUUCUUUUCGAUUGCCAUCCACCUUGACCCGAUCAAGUCAAUCAACUUUCGCGAGGAUGGCAUCAUCACCGCAGAUCGAGCGGGCCGCGUCCGCCUGUGGAAGCGGCCGACUCCAGAAGCUGCCCCGCAAGCAGACUAGGGGACGCUCGCUUUCUUGGCAUCACCAGCCGUCAACAGAAUGCCACUCGGCCCAUGAAUGUUCGAUACUGGACCCGAUGUCCUCCAGGCUUAGCGCGCGCAACCUCGUUACGAGCCCGCUUUCCCAUACCCAUAUCAGCCAUCUGUCCAUAUCCCACCGACACCAAUACCACCUAUAUACGAUCGACUCAUGGGUACGGACUGUCGUUCAC